CAGGUGCAGCAGAGAUACAUGUAGGGCAGAACAUUUCUUUAGCCAGUAGAUUACCAUUACUUAAUCAGGCUUCAGUCAGUAUAAACUGUUGGUUAAGACAUUUUGAAGAAUUGCAGAUAAGAGAAGAAUAUGAAGAACAAUAAUAAUAACAAAACCACAGCGAAAAUGGAGGACUCUUCAAGCCGUGACAACAAUCCUGAUAAAUUAUCGAGAAGAAAAUAUCUAAUAGGACCAAUCGCUUUUAUGCAUUUGUUUGGGUUUUCCAUAUUUAAUGGCACGGCUAUCCUUUACUACCCUUAUAUUGUGGGCAAAACUUUAUUUUCUAACUCUUCUACAGAGAACGGAAAGAGUUCAGUGUGCAGUAGCAAUUUAAACGCAUCAGAAACAGAGCAUGGUAAAAUCAUCCAGUCCAAAGUUGCAAUGUUCUUGAUGUACCUUGCUAUUUGUGAAGGGAUUCCUUGUCUUCUUUCAAAUUUGGUAUUUGGAAGUAUUAGCGAUCGCGUGGGAAGGAAAAAGAUGUUGAUUAUUCCAACUUUAGGAAUGCUAUUGGCGGAGGUUUUUAUGGUUAUAUUCAUGUAUUUUGAAUUAAAGCUUUACUAUCUUUUAAUACCAUUGAUAUUGCAUGGUUUCAGUGGAGAGGCGUUUGCUAAUAUACAAUUUGCUUUAUCCUACACAUCCGAUAUCUCAGGAAACAGCAAAAAAAGAACAACCGCCAUGGGUUUUAUGGAAAUUUUUAUCGGGAUGGGACUUUUGGUUGGAGGUGUAGUAGCUGGUUAUGUAAUACGAGAUCGAGGGUAUUUAUGGUCAAUGGCUACUGCUUUUCCCUUAACAUUGAGCAAUAUAGUUUUAAUAUGCUUACUUCCGGAAACACGUCAAAGAAAAAUCAAAGAACCAUGGCACUGUAUGAGUGUUGUAAGAUCGUUCCACAAAUCCCUCGAAUUCUAUUACUCAAAAAAGUAUUCUGGAAUGCGUUUGAAAUAUAACAUUUGCCUUUUUAUCUAUAUGAUAGGAUGUAUAGCUAUAAUAGGCAGGAACCAAACGGAAGUUCUUUACGUAAUAAGUCCUCCAUUUUGUCUCAGUACUGUUGACGUAGGGUGGUUUCACGCCCUCAGAGGUGUGAUGCAGCAUGGAAUAUCAAUGAUUCUUAUUCGAGUUUUCGUGAUAUGCUUGAGGGCAGAGACUAUUGCAGUACUCGGGGCUGUAUCAGGAACUAUCAGUUUGAUUGCCGAGGGGCUGACGAGUUCGACAGUAGUGUUGUUUUUAACUCCGGUGAUAGGAAUGGGAAUGAGUCUCGGGAUUGUCAUGAUGAGGGCCGUUAUGUCGAGAGAGACUUCUAGCGAGAACCAAGGUGCCCUUUUUGGUGGAAUGGCUGCUGUUCAGACCGCUUGCACUUUCUUUGGGUCGCUGAUCUCCAGCGCUCUAUAUAGAAACACUGUGUACUUUUUCGAGGGAACAUUAUUCCUUGUGUUGGCUGGGUUGUUUUUCAUUUCAUUGAUUCUUUCCUUAUUUUUAACUUCCCUUCCAAAGUUACGACGAAUCGAGUACGACCUUGAAGUAAAAGAAAACAAGAAUGAAAUGAACGAAAAAUUUUGAAUACCAAUGUAUCUGCAUUAAAUGCAUGUA